GGCUCCAGAGCAGGUCACACCAGGGUUAUGAGAGAAAUAUAAGGUAAAGAGUGACACUGAAGAAAGAUGAGAUUUGGCUGUCUUUCCUUUCGGCAACCCUAUGCUGGAUUGGUGUUGAACAAAAUCAAAACAGUAGAGACUCGUUGGCGUCCUUUGUUGGCAGACUACAACAACUGCACUAUUGCUAUUCACAUAGCUUUUAAGGACUGGGAAGAUGAAACCUGGAAAGAAAUCCUUCUGAAUAGACUUGCCAUGACACCUACACAAGUUCAAGAGUUAUUGGAAAAAGGGGAAAAAUUUGGUAGAGGAGUUAUUGCUGGGCUAGUUGACAUUGGAGAGACAUCACGGUAUCCAGAAAACUUAUCUCCAGAGAAGAUUUUGGAGCUGGAAAAUCAAGCUGUACUAACUAGCCUGGAACAGAAAUACUUGACUGUUAUUUCAAAUCCAAGAUGGUUACUGGAACCAAUUCCUGCUAGAGGGGGCAAAGAUAUAUGGAAAGUGGAUAUCCCAAAGGAACUGAUCCCUUUGGAAUAUGGCACUAUUCAAGUUCUUUUAAGGAUGUGUUAAAGUCUUAGUAGGAUGGACUAAAAAUGAGGACUACAUUUUAAAUUAGCAUCAGUGUUUCGAAGCAAGAUACAACUCUUACUCUCAGGCAUAGGCCUUAUUUUGAAAUAAAAUAUAUGAAUAUCUGCUUA